UCGGUAUGAAUCAAUGCUUUAGAUUGAUGCAAUAUAGCGAACAGUGUGGAAUAGUCAAGAUGGGUGAAAUGAAAUUCCUGUUAUCGAUUUUGAUGACAUUAUUCAUUAACGAGUGUCAGGUUUCGGGUUGUACUGGUGUUGAAAAAGAAAAAUGGUUGAAACGGAGCCUUCCAAAUGAUGAUUCAGAAACGCAAGUAGAUCUUAGCAAUGCAUUCGGACUCAAGUUAGUCCUGCCAGAUUACAUUAAUGCACUGAAAAGAGAAUGCGGAAGCAAAAGUCAUGAAUUAAAGCCAGAAAGACACAUUAUCCACUCGAGUCCUAAAAAGGAAAACGAUAAUUUUAAGGAUAUACUUAAAGCGAUAAAAGUCUUCGGUGAUUUAUUACACAGUGGGGAAGACCAAAGAGAAUCAAAAGAGAAUCUAGAUCUUAGGAAGUUAUUAAUAUUGAAACAGGCAUUCUCAGAUUUAAUACUAAAGUUAGGGUCAGUUGAGAAAGAUAAACUGAAAAGAUACUUCAAAAGCGAACAUCAUGAAUGCAAGCUAACACGAGAAAUGUUCCAAUCCAGUUCUAAGGAGAAGAAAGACGAUUUAAUGGAUAAACGUAAAGUGAUAAAAGAUUUGCCAGACUUAGGUACUUUAGUACACAAUGGGAUAGAUCAAUCAAAAGACCAAAUAGGUCUAAGCAACAAACUAAGAUUGAAACAGGCAAUAUUAGGUAUAAUAGUAAUCUUUGGGUUAGAUCACAAAGAUAAACUAAAAAUAGGCCAAGAAUACAAAAAUCAUGUAUUAAAGCUAGAAAGAGAAAUGUUCCAAUCCAGUUCUAAGGAGGGAAAAGAUGAUUUGAUGGAUAAACGUAAAACUGAAAAAGACUUAACAGACUUUGGUUCUUUAAUAAACAAUAGGAAAGACCAAUCAAAAGACGUAAUGGCAAUGUUAGGUAUAAUACUAAAGUUAGCGUCAGAUCAGAAAGUUAAAUUAAAUAGAGACCAUGAAAACAAAUAUCAUGGAUUAAAGCGAGAAAGAAAACUGAUUCAAUCCAGUUCUGAAGAGAGAAAUGAUGAUUUGAUUGGUAAAUUUAAACUGAUGAAAGAAAUAGCAAACGUUAGUCCUAAAAACAAAGGAAAUAAAUAUUUAGAACUUAAUCAUCAGUAUGUUCUCAAUAAUGAAGCAACUGAACAAUUUGCUGAACGGAUACCUGUGAUUAUCAUAUCACCCAAUUUUGCUGAAGUAGGCUGGAAAGAAGUAUUCGGACGAAAAAGCCAAAACGAGCAUCACAAAGGGUGCAAUAAUAUGAAAGCAAAACAUGUCAAAGCAGCCGGGAAAGUGAAAAAAUUGAAGACAGCAUUCAGCAAAAGCGAGGACCACAAUGAAAAGAAUCGUGAAUGCGAAGGAAACGAAUAUAAGAAAAUCGCAUGUAACAUAUGCCAAUGCGUCGGUGGCAGGUGGAGGUGUACCUCACUUGCUUGUGACAUUAAGAAAUUAAAUGACCACAUCGACUUAAACAGUUUAAAUGGAAUGACGAAAAAAAUGUAUGAUAAAUUACGCGAAGAAGCCACUGGCUGCAUUCCUGGUGAAGAAAUCAACGAGCCUGGCGUCAAUGAUUGCCCGUGCAAAUGCGUGUUGCCCAGUUUGAUUGAGUGCCAAAUUUGCCCGGCUCUCGAGCAGAUACAUUUGCCUAAAAAGACCACCGCGAAACAGCCUGAGCAAAAACCAUUUGGAAUGCUUGGUUAAUUGAUCGAAGUAAUUAAACAGACUAGAUUUGAAUCAAGCUGACACUGCAUGGCAUUUUAUGUAUUUAAUUAUUACACUGAUCCUGCUAUCGGACGAUGACUGAUGUAGUGAUGCAACGGCCAGACUGAGACGGGAACGGCUAAACUGAGAUGAUUCUGACCAUUUCUAUACGUAUUCUACAUAUGCGGGUCUACUCCAGCGAUAUUAUAGAUAUACGGAACAAAACCGGGACGCGAUACUUACAUAAAUACGGUGAUAGUCCCGUAUAUACGGGACAUACCUACUAUGUUAAUACAUAUGCAGAAUUAAAGACCAUCACUAUUAUAGUUUGGCAAGCCAUUUCCGUCAGUAGAAAAAGGCGGUGAAUUUAACAAAAUUAGGCGCGAAGUGGGUAACCAGAGUAUAUUUUGUAACACUUAAAUAAGAUUGUGAUACAGUUUUCAUAAAUACAAAUUUUAAAUAAAUAUAUCUAUAUAAGGAGGCA